AUGAGUGGGUGGGACGACCUUUAUCCGCUCCCAAUGCUGCCCUCCUGGGUACUGGGGUCAGCCGCCGGGAUUGUCUCCUUGCACCUCAUCCAGAAACUACUCUUCCCCUACUUCUGGGCUGACCUGAGAUACCUGCUGAAAGUAUCGAUGUAUGGGCUGAGAAUGGAGAUGUACCGGCUGCAAGGGAGGAUUGUCACCGUCCUGGACAAGUUUGUGAAGCUGGCUGAGAAGCAGCCCCACAAGCCAUUCCUCAUCUAUGAAGGGAAGGUGCACACCUACCGGGAUGUGGACAGGAGGAGUAACAGGAUAGCGCAGGUCUUCCUACACCAUGGGGCUCUGAAGAAGGGCGACACAGUGGCCUUGCUGAUGGGCAACGAGCCAGACUUCAUCCAUGUGUGGUUCGGGCUGGCCAAGUUGGGCUGCGUGGUGGCUUUCCUCAACUUCAAUGUCCGCUCUAGAUCUCUCCUACACUGUGUCAGUAGCUGUGAGCCCAAGAUACUGGUUGUGGGAGCAGAUUUGCUUGGGACACUGGAAGAAAUUCUUCCUAACCUCCAAAAAGACGUUGGUGUUUGGAUAAUGACCAAAGACUCCACUUUUCCAAGUGUGCAUACCCUUUUAGACAAAAUAGAGACUGCAUCUGAAGACCCUGUUCCAGUUAAUCGACGCUCUGCCAAGAACCUCAUUUCAUCUGUUUUAUAUAUAUUUACUUCAGGAACAACAGGUCUUCCAAAGGCCGCAGUCAUCAGUCACCUGCAGGUCCUUAAAGGAGCUGCUGGACUGUGGGCUUUUGGUGGUACUGCAGAAGACAUCAUUUAUAUUACUCUGCCUCUUUAUCACAGUGCAGCAUCUCUUCUUGGCAUUGGUGGAUGCAUUGAAUUGGGUGCAACCUGUGUGUUGAAAAAGAAGUUCUCAGCUAGUCAGUUUUGGAGUGACUGCAAAAAGUACAAUGUGACUGUCAUCCAGUACAUUGGAGAACUUUGCCGUUACCUUUGCAGCCAGCCAGUGAAAGAAGGAGAAAAAAAUCACAAAGUCCGACUAGCAGUUGGAAAUGGAGUGAGGAAUGAUGUAUGGAGAGAAUUUUUAGACAGAUUUGGUGGUGUUAAGAUCUGUGAGUUUUAUGGUGCUACUGAAGGAAACAUUUGUUUCAUGAACCACACAGGAAAAAUCGGAUCUGUUGGACGCACCAAUUUCUUUUAUAAGCUUUUUUUCCCAUUUGAUUUAAUCAAGUAUGAUUUCCAAAAAGAUGAACCAAUUAGAAAUAAGCAUGGUUGGUGUGAAAAAGUUAAGAAAGGUGAGGCUGGUCUUCUCAUUUCCAAAGUCAAUGCGAAGAACCCCUUCUUUGGUUACGCUGGCAAUAAGAGACACACAGAAAAGAAAUUACUCUGUGAGGUAUUUAAGAAGGGAGAUGUUUAUUUUAAUACUGGAGAUCUAAUGGUUCAAGACAAUGAGAAUUUUCUCUAUUUUUGGGAUAGGAUUGGAGAUACUUUCAGAUGGAAAGGGGAGAAUGUUGCAACUACGGAAGUUUCCGAUGUCAUUGUAAUGUUGGACUUCAUACAAGAAGCAAAUGUGUAUGGUGUAUCUGUGCCAGAUCAUGAAGGAAAAGCAGAUAAUAUGUCAUUAGACUUGGAGCAAAUGUAUAAGCAAGUAGUGACCUAUCUACCAAGUUAUGCUUGUCCUCUUUUUUUAAGAGUCCAGGAAAAAAUGGAAAUGACUGGAACAUUCAAACAACAAAAAUUUCGACUGGUGGAUGAAGGUUUUAAUCCAUCUACAAUUACUGAUCCUCUUUACUUUUUAGAUAAUUCUAAGAAAGCAUAUGUCUUGUUAACCAAAGAAGUACAUGAGAUGAUCUUAUCUGGGAAGACAAAACUUUGA